CUCUCUCUCUCAUCACUCUUCUCUUUCUUUCUUCUCAUUUGCUUCAAAUCCUUUUAAAAACUCACAUAAAAAUUCUCAAAUUCCAUUCCCAUUUCUCUAACCACUCCUCCCCCUUCAUUUUGAUUCGGCCCACUUAGUCUGAUCUUUGAUUUUUUUUGUGGUUUCUCUUCGUUGGAUUUGACCUGUUCUUCGAAUCUCCGAUUGAACCUUUUUUUUUAUUUUUCAUCUAAGCUGCUGCUUCGUAAUCUCUAGUACGUAUUGAAACCUUGCCGUCCUAGUUAGGAGAGUGUUGUUUUCUGUUUAGUUCGGUAGGAAAAAUUCACUCUUGUUGUCGUUUGAUUCGGGUUCAUCUGCUCUGUGGUGUUAUCCGAGCGAGGAAAAGAGAUGUUGGGAGCUGGAUUUCAGUUGACUCAGCAGCUGCAGAGAGCUCAGAGCGACCUUUCCAAUGGCUGCAGAUCGAUUCACACUAAGGAACGCGAUAACGGGUCUGCAUUGCACAAACCCAAUGUCCCCGAGGCGUCUUCAAGUAAUGUGGAACGGUUUUUGAACUCAGUCACACCAUCUGUGCCUGCUCACUAUUUCUCUAAGACAACAGUAAAGGAAAGAAGAGGUAGUGAUGUUGAGUUGCAGGUUCCUUACUUUGUUCUUGGAGAUGUUUGGGAAUCGUUUGCUGAGUGGAGUGCUUAUGGCAUUGGAGUUCCUCUCACUUUGAAUACAAAUAACAAAGAUCGUGUCUUUCAAUACUACGUGCCUUCCCUUUCCGGCAUUCAAGUAUAUGCUGAUGUUGAUGCCUUCACUUCAUCUCUUCAACCAAGGCGGCAAGGGGAGGAAAGCGAAAGUGAUUUCAGGGAUUCAAGCAGUGAAGGAAGCAGUUGUGAAUCUGAAAGAGGACUCUGUUGUUAUUCAAAAGAGCAGAUCUCUGCUAGAAUGGACCAACUCUCAUUAAGAAAGGAGCAUAACGAAGACUCUUCUAGUGAUGAUGGCGAGCCUUUAAGCUCUCAAGGUCGUUUGAUGUUUGAGUAUCUUGAACGUGAUCUUCCGUAUAUCCGUGAACCCUUUGCCGACAAGAUGUCCGACCUUGCCUCUAGAUUUCCCGAGCUGAAGACGCUGAGAAGCUGUGAUUUAUUACCUUCAAGCUGGUUUUCUGUGGCAUGGUACCCAAUUUACAAAAUACCCACAGGACCGACAGUUAAGGAUCUGGAUGCUUGUUUCUUGACCUAUCAUUCCCUUCACACACCCUUUCAUGGUGCAGGCAUCACAACACAGUCCAUGUGUGCGGUGCAGCCAAGAGAGAAUGUUGAGAAGAUGGAGCUUCCUGUCUUUGGUCUCGCCUCAUACAAGUUGAGAGGUUCUGUAUGGACAAGCUUGGGGGGAUCUGGUCAUCAGGUCGCGAACUCCCUCUUCCAAGCCGCAGAAAAUUGGCUGAGGUUGCGUCAAGUCAACCAUCCUGAUUUCAUCUUCUUCUGCCGACGGUGAUGAUAUGAUUACAUACUAUGAUGACGAAAAAGAAUAUAGGAAGUUAUAAAAAAAGGAACUCUUUAUGAUUGUUGUCCUGAGGAAACCAUACAUAUAGAAUGCCGUCAAUGUUUUUCAGUUGGUAGCUUCUGUAAGUUCACAGAAUGCUAGUUUUCUUA